AUGUUGGACCAGUUGAGGCCAAUGGAACCUGUACAGAAGCAGCUCCCUCAGCUGGGCAAUGUGGCAGCAGCCCUGCAGGAAGCCAUGAAGAGAGAGUGCUGGUGGAUGGCAUGGGUGAAGAAGCCAGUCACCUUUGAUGAUGUGACAGUGAACUUCACCCAGGAAGAGUGGAAAUGUCUAGAUGCCACUCAGAGGUCCCUCCAUCAGGAUGUUAUGUUGGAGACCUUCAAGAACCUGGCAUCUGUAGCCAGAAUCUUUCUGCCUAAAUCAGAUCUGAUCACCAAGGCUGAGCAAGCAGAGGAAGAGUGGAAAGCAGAUUACCAUCCCUCAAAUGGAGACUACCCCCCUUUAGGUAAGAGUUGAGGCAAGAAGGAGUAUGAGGAACUUCAAGAGCAAAGUCAGAAUUUGAGAGAUGAGGGGACUGGUGAUGACAAGGUCUCCCCUGCUGGGGGAUGGGCAGGCCAGAGCCCACCCUCUGCUCCAGCCAGGUCCAUGGCUGGGACCCCAGUGUUCCCAGCAUCCCAGGCUGGGUCAUCGUUUUGCUGCAACACCUGUGGCAAGUGUUUCAACAAGAGCUCCCACCUCCAUAGCCACCAAUUUGUUCACAACCCCAAGUGGACUUAUACCUGCAGCCAGUGCGGGAAAUCAUUUAGGAGCCCCAGGACCCUCAGCUACCACAAGCGCAUGCAUCUUGGGGAAAAGCCCUUCCGUUGCUCCACCUGUGACAAGACCUACUGUGACCCAUCUGGACUUAGUCGUCACCGCCGUGUCCAUCUGGGUUACCGGCCCCAUCCAUGCCCACUCUGUGGGAAGGCCUUCCGGGACCAAUCUGAGCUCAAACGCCACCAGAAGACUCACGAAGGCCAGGAGCCAGUGGCAGGGAAGCAAGGAGGUAUUGUGAGGAUUCCAGGCCCCACAGCUGGAUUCCAGGCACCCGUCAUUAGGAACCAAGCACCAGUGGCCAGGAUCCAAGAGUCCACAUUUAGAACCGAGGGCCUUGUGGCCCAGACUCAACCAUCUAGUGUUAGGAGCCAGACAUCCAUGACCAGGAACCAGGUGAUCUUUGUAAGAACUCAGGCACCAAUCGUUACAACCCAAGGGCUUGUGCCUAGGAUCUGGGCACCCAACACUAGAGACCCCUGCUUGGACACCAGGUCCAGCCCUCGCCCAGCAAGGCCCACAAGAUGUAAGGUCUUCUCUUGCCCCCAUUGUCCCUUCACUUUUAGCAAGAAAGCCUAUCUCUUUAGCCACCAGAAGGCCCACCUCACAGAGCUGCAAAACCGCUGCUUCCGUUGUGGCAAAUCCUUCAGCUCAUUCUCUGGGCUGGUCAGACACCAGCAGACCCACUGGAAGCAGAAGAUCUACCGUUGCCCUAUCUGCGACCUCUGUUUUGGGGAGAAGGAGGGCCUUGUGGGCCACUGGAGGAGCCGCAAUGGCGAGGGGCGACGCCUGGGAAGCCCCCAUAAAUGCUGGGUCGUCCUGGGCCAGUGGCUCGGCUUCUUUUGGGCUGCCUCCCCUAUGGCUGGGAAGGGUGGGAAGCACAGAGGAAGUGGAUCUUCUCCUAGGAUCCCUACCCCCAGGAGAGGGGAGAUAAGGGAGAAGGCAUGCAAAGGAAACAAUGCAAAGGAGGGUCUUGGAACAUAA